AUGAACAAAUUGAUCCUCAACAUUCAGUUCUCACAGCAGGUUAAGUUCAAAAUUGCUUUUGAUGCUUCGAAUUAGAAGACAUUUGAGUAAUUAAAGCAAAUAUGCGUUCAAAGAUUAGAAUCCUUCUAUAAAGUAAAUAUAACAUUUAAAAUAGAUAUCUCCUGAUAAUGUUAAGGAUACAUUGCCAAAUACUUUUGAUCCUUCAUAAUAUCAUCUAACAGAUUAAACUAGCUUUAUUCUAAGCGAUCAAGAUGUUGUUGAAGAUUUAUGUUCAAACAAUGAAUUAAUACAUCUUGUGUUCAAUUAAUCAUUAUCAGCCUCUAUUUUGGAUCCACUUAAAAUGUCUAGUUCAUUUGGGAGUCAACAAAAUACUCAAGCAACCUAAUAAACAUAAUAACAAUAGUAAAGUUCUUCUAUACCUCCUCCGCAACAGAUUUAACCCCCUCCAUAGUAAUAAUAAGUCCCAAUCCCUGUUUAAGCUCAAAUUAAGCCUUAGUAAGUAGAUGAUGGCAUGUUAGAUGAAAUAGGAAAGAGUGAACUAAAAAGGAAAUUCUAUUUAGAUACAUCAAAAUGGAAUUUAGUUUAAUAAAUCCAAAGUGAUGUAGAGAUAAGCAUUAAAUUUUUAUAAGCAGAAAACUAGACAACUUAAUACAACAUUGGAUGUUCUUUAGAAGAUACUCUAUACAAUUUAUCAAUAAAGAUUUGCAAUUAACUUUAAUUGCCCCAAGAAUAAAAUCAUGCCAUUUUGUAUAGUUUAAGUGGAUUGCCUUUGGUUAACAAUUUGAAUUAGCUUCAUCAAAAGACUGUAGAGGAUACAAUCAACAAACUUAAAAGCAAGGUCUUUUAUGCCAUAAUUACUAAAUGUUCAGCAGGAGAUAAGUCAUUUCCUAAAAUUGAUUCAGAUGAAGGAAAAGAUUAGAUUUUCAUUAUUCACCAAGGGCCAAAGGUCAUUAAAGUAGAUAUUGAAAACACCACUGUAAUAUAAUUAAAAUAAAAAAUAUACCAUAAACUCAACAUACCAACAAAUGUCCAGACUUUAAAUUACGGAGGUAAAUUAUUAACAGAUUCUUUACUCCUUAAGGAUUACAAUGUAUAGAACAAUUCAAAUUUGAAUCUUACAUUUAAAUUAAAUUAAGUGGUUAGUCAUGCUGAUAGUUACAAUUAUAACUUUUUUAUGCCUUGGCUUAAUCAUUUCGUAAAGUAGAGUGAAAAUGGAAUUAGACAAUUUAGAUGCAAUAUGCUCGUUCUGUUUGCUAAGGAAGAUCACCUCAAAUGGUCUCAUGUCAUUAGAUAAUAUUCAAAUAAUAAUCCUGCAGUUACUUUGGCUUCUGUUUCUUUGAUCAAAAAAUAUAGACUUAAUUAGAAUGCUCGUAUAGCUUUUGAGGAAGGGUUUCUUAGAUUGUUUUUUGAUUUGAUUAUCCAAAGUCCUUAGGUACCUGCUGCAUUUGAUAUUGGCUCAAUCUUUGAGUAUACAAGAUAGUGGAUUCAAUUUUUAAAUCAAGAAGCUGCUAAGUACAAGGAGGCUGAAAUUAAAUUGAUCGAAUACUAUAGAAAUCUUGAAUAUACUUGUUAGGUCACCUUAAGUCCCAUAGAAACUCCAGCCUUUCUAUCCUAAAAUUAAGAUGAUGAUGUAACAGCUUACUAAGUAGUCGAUUACAAUAUCCUAAAAGCAAAAUAAGAAACACAAGAAAAGCAUUCUAAUGGCAAAUUAUUGUCAGAAUUGAAUUUAAUUUAGGAUCCUAGAUUAGAAGAGCAAUUCAAAAUAAUCAAAUUCUUAGAAAAAGAAGAUCUCGCAUGGUUACCUCAAGUCGAGUUUAAAGACAGCAGAGAUCCUAAUUCAAUACCUGCUGAGUGGCAUAAGAAUGAAGAUUUAAAAAUCAAUAUUCUAAAGAUUCAUAGUUCAGUCGAAUUGAAAUAACACCCCACUGCUCCUGUUCUUACUAAGAACUCUUAAAAACAUUUAGUCAUCUACACAUCCAUGAACAAAGAUGUAGCCAAACCAGUUAAUUUGUUUGAUCCAAUAAGUGGCAUUGAAUAACCUGAAAAUCCAGAUUAAAUUGCCUAUAAUUAGGUCCUACCAAAUGCAAAGAUUAAUGCUGGAAAAGUUGAUGAUGAUGAUGAUGAUGAUUCUUCAAUCUAAUUGGUCACUCAAAUAACUGUUGAACCAGAGGAAGCUAUUAUUGUAUUAAUUGAUAUUUCUGGUUCCAUGGACGAGGAAUUCUAUAACAGUGAAGAUCUGACAAGAUUGGGUGUAGUUAAAGCUUUCUUCAAUGCCUUUGCAGACAGAACUAUGGCAUACAAUCUCAAAAAUGUUAUUUCACUAGCGUAUUUUGAUGAUAGAUACAUUUUAAAAUGUGGUUAUACCGAACUGUUCAUGUAAUUUAAGGAUUUGGUAAAUAAGGCUAAACCUUAAGGUAUGACAGCUUUAUAUGUGGCUCUCAAGAAUGCUAUUGAUUCCCUUUUAUAAUUUAAAAAGAAAUAUCCAAAUUGUAUAUUGAGAAUUAUUGCACUCACUGAUGGGGAAGAUAACAAAGGAAGAUAUAGUCCUGAAUUUAUUGCAUAAACAAUUGUUCAAAAUUAGAUUAUCCUUGAUUCCUUUGUUGUAUAUGAUAAGUGUGAUGGCUUAAAAUAAAUCACCAAGGCUGCAGGUGGACAAUGUUUCUGCCCUAAAACUAUAUAAGAAGGUUUGAAAUUAUUUGAGUAUGAAACCAUAUUGUCAGCUAAAAUAAGAAGAUCAUCAGAAUCUUUAACACCAGCUAAGGUUACUGCAAUCUUCCAAUAAGAUCCAAAAACAAUCUAAUUUGAUGUUUAACCAAGAGAUUUUGAAUUACCUUUGGAAUUAAAAAAACAAUCUAUCAACCCAAAACAAUUAGUUAGUAAAAUUAGUUCUGAUUCAUAAUAACUUAACUUAAUUGCUCCUCAUAAUUAUCUAAAAAGAGUGAUGAAAGAAUUGAUGAUUUAUGAAUAAAAACCUCAUCCUUUUGUCAAAGUGUUCCCAUGCUCUCAUGAUGUGUCCUUCUGGAAGAUUAUUAUGGUUGGUCCUGAGUAAACCCCAUAUUCAAACGGAAUUUAUAUUUUGUAUAUGAAGUUCCCUUAAGAAUUCCCAUUACAACCACCUGAUCUUAGAUUUUUGACUUCCAUUUACCACUGCAACAUCAAUAGCCAAGGAAGAAUAUGUCAUAGUAUCUUAGGCAGAAAUUAUACACCUGAUACAAAAGUCAUCUAGAUCUUUGAGGCAGUUUAUGGUAUUUGUUAAUAUUGACAUUAUUAGGUCUUCUCAUGACUCCUGAGCCUGAUGAUCCUUUAGAUACUACUAUUGCCUCUGAGUACAUGCAAGAUUUGAAGUUGUACCAACAAAAGGCAACUAAUCACACUCUUAAAUUCGCCAAGAGACCUAUGGAUGAAGUGUUGAAAGAAAUCCUUGGUUAGGUUGGGGAGGAAAAAGAGUUAAGCGAUGUCGAGUUAUAAGAGAAGACUAACGAAAUCCUGAAUUGGGUAAGCAGUGCCAGUAAACCAUAGUGAUUUAUGU